CUUGCCUUCUACGAGUAGGCUGUGGACAGCUGAACGCUGCUCGCCAGGCUCGCCCCAGCAUCCUCGGCUAGACAAAAACCCCGAAGAGGCGAGUACCUCGCCAGUCGAGCACUAGCUUCCCGCAUGAGGCUCCGCCACCGUCCCCACCCGGACGAGACCCGCAUCAGCGUGCGCGAGACCGACCGGCGCAAGCGGCGACGAUUUGACGGCCGCCUUCGCGGCUGGCGCUUGGCUUGCGGGGCUGCUCUUUUGGUGUGCACGGCGGCCGUCCUCAGUGCCGAGAGGCCUGUGCUCGCGCUGCAAAGAAUCCUUGGCCACCCGCAAUCGUGGCUGAUUGACAAGAUCAACCCGCGCAUUGCGUGGCUACGAGGUCGCCGCUGUGCCGGUGGCGCUGCAGCGGACGCUCUCAGAGUUUGUGGACUCGAACCCGCCGGCCCGGUUUUUUUCCGGCCGUGGUGGUUCGAUUGGGGAGGGGGGGCUCGAGGACUUCAUCAUCUUUGGCCCCACCCGCUUUGCGCGCCUGCCGGCACGGAUUGAGGCCGCUGCCGCCCAGCAAAUGCGCCCGAUUCUCGAAGCCUUUUGCGACUGCGCACUGGCGCCGUCGCCCAGAGUGCAUGGGCUGCGUACCUACUUGCCAGGCGCGACGCUCGCGGCGCACCUCGACUGGCCCGACGCCUGGGUCGUCUCCGCGACCCUCUGCGUGCGCCGCAACGCGUCAUUGCCGCCGUGGCCAGUGGCGCUGCACGGACGUGGCGUGCCUCGCGGCGGCACCGCCGUCGCUCUACGUGAGGGCGAGGCGCUCUUAUACGAAGGGUCGCGGCUGUGGCACGGCCGACCCCAGCCGCUCUCGGGCGAGUACACGGGCCUCUUUGUCGGCUUCGUGCCGCUCGACUAUCCCGCGCACGCCGGGCUGGCCACGCGAGCCAUCCAUGCGGCUGUCCGGGUGGUCAAGGCGGCGGCGUUCCGGCGGUAUCGUGGCCACUGACGGUCGUUAGUUACUUAGGAAAGCGAAGAACAGCC